AUGUAUUCGAUGUUCUUAGGAACUGGUCGAAAGAAACCUCUAUUUGAUCACAAAUUAUGGAAUAUUCAUGAUCGUGUCAUCACUGCUACACCUCGUUCCAACAAUUCCGUGGAAGGCUGGCACAACGCAUUUGCUAAUCGUGUCUCAAUAUGCCAUCUAAACAUCGUGAAACUGACAGAGAAGAUUCGUCGUGAACAAUCGAAAUUCGAAGUGAACAUGGCAAAGAUUCUCCAAGGUCAUAUUAUCAAGACGAAGAAAGCCUGUUAUCGAAGAUUGGACGAACGUAUUACUCGGCUGGUCAAUGCAUUCGACUCAUCUCGGCUGGAUGAAUUCUUAAAAAAUAUGGCAGCUAACUGUAACGAUAAGUUGGACUCUGUUGAGUUUAUAUCGUAUUGA